AUGCAUCUUGCCCGUUUGCUCAGCUCCUGCUCCCUCCUGCUGCUACUGGGGGCCCUGCCUGGAUGGGCGGCCAACAAUGACCCCAUUGAGAAGGUCAUUGAAGGGAUCAACCGAGGGCUGAGCAGUGCAGAGAGAGAGGUGGGCAAGGCCCUGGAAGGCAUCAACAAUGGAAUCACUCAAGCUGGAAGGGAAGUGGAGAAAGUUUUUAAUGGACUGAGCAGCAUGGGGAACCAGGCCGGCAAGGAGCUGGACAAGGGCGUCCAGGGGCUCAACCACGGCUUGGACAAGGUAGCCCAUGGAAUCAACAAUGGCGUCGGACAUGCAGGAAAGGAAGCAGAGAAGCUUGCCCAUGGGGUCAACUAUGCUGCUGGACAGGUUGGGAAGGAGGCAGACAAAGUGAUUCAGGGGGUCCAUCAUGGGGUCAACCAGGUGGGAAGUGAUGCAGGGAGGUUUGGCCAGGGGGCCCACCAUGCUGCCGGGCAGGCUGGGAGCGAGGCAGAAAAGUUUGGCCAGGGGGCCCACCAUGCUGCCGGGCAGGCUGGGAAAGAGGCAGAGAAGUUUGGGCAGGGGGCCCACCAUGCCGCUGGGCAGUUUGGGAAGGAGGCAGAGAAGUUUGGGCAGGGGAUCCACCAUGCCGCUGGGCAGGCUGGGAAAGAGGCAGAGGAGUUUGGGCAGGGGGUCCACCAUGCCGCUGGGCAGGCUGGGAAAGAGGCAGAAAAGUUUGGGCAGGGGGUCCACCAUGGUGCUGGGCAGGCUGGGAAAGAGGCAGAGAAGUUUGGGCAGGGGGCCCACCAUGCCGCUGGGCAGGCUGGGAAAGAGGCAGAGGAGUUUGGGCAGGGGGUCCACCAUGCCGCUGGGCAGGCUGGGAAAGAGGCAGAAAAGUUUGGGCAGGGGGUCCACCAUGGUGCUGGGCAGGCUGGGAAAGAGGCAGAGAAGUUUGGGCAGGGGGCCCACCAUGCCGCUGGGCAGGCUGGGAAAGAGGCAGAGGAGUUUGGGCAGGGGGUCCACCAUGCCGCUGGGCAGGCUGGGAAAGAGGCAGAGGAGUUUGGGCAGGGGGCCCACCAUGCCGCUGGGCAGGCUGGGAAAGAGGCAGAGAAGUUUGGGCAGGGGGUCCACCAUGGUGCUGGGCAGUUUGGGAAUGAGGCAGAGAAGUUUGGUCAAGGAGUCCACCAUGCUGCCGGGCAGGCUGGGAAAGAGGGAGAAAAAAUAGUCCAGGGGGUUCAUCAUGGAGUGAAUCAGGCUGGGAAGGAGGCAGAGAAGUUUGGGCAGGGCGUCCACCAUGCCGCUGGGCAGUUUGGGAAGGAGGCAGAGAAGUUUGGGCAGGGGGCCCACCAUGCCGCUGGGCAGUUUGGGAAGGAGGCAGAGAAGUUUGGUCAGGGCGUCCACCAUGCCGUUGAACAGGCCGGAAAGGAGGCGGGUAAAGUGGGUCAAGGGGUCCAUGAUGGGGUCCACCAGGCCGGCAAGGAGGCAGAGAAAUUGGGCCACGGGGUCAACCACGCGGCUGGCCAGGCUGGAAAGGAAGCGGAGAAACUUGGCCAAGGUGUCCACCAUGCUGCAGGCCAGGCCGGGAAGGAGGAGGACAGGUUGCACCAGAAUGUUCAUAAUGGGGUCAACCAAGCCGGCAAGGAGGCCAACCAGCUGCUGAAUGACGGUCAUCCAGGCGGAUCCACCGCCCAGCACGGAGGGGCCGCAACCACAACCUUAACAUCUGGAGCUUCGGUCAACAAGCCCUUCAUGGCCUUGUCAGCCCUGUGGAAGAGCGUCACCAGCAUCAUUCCCUAAGCUGAUGAACUGGCCUGGUUGAAGACUGACAUUCCUAUUGUCAUAUCUGCUGAAGUGACCUGAAGGAGC